AUGGCGGCUGUGAGGAGUAUGAACAAAAUGUAUGGAGUAUGUUUCCGUCGGAUGGCAGGACUGAAGGCAUCCAGGCUGCUUCAACACAGAGCCUUCAGAGUCGGUGCUGUGCACCGGCAGGAGCCCUUUGACUCGACACUGGAAAAGCCACAGUUUCCUGGAGCCUCAGCCGAGUUUGUGGAUCAUCUUGAGUUCAUCCAGCCCAAUGUAAUCUCUGGGAUCCCAGUGUACCGGGUGAUGGACAGGCAGGGCAACAUCAUCAACCCCUCUCAAGACCCUCAGCUCUCCAAAGAGCAAGUUUUGAACUUCUAUCAGAAGAUGACUCUGCUGAACACCAUGGACCGCAUUCUUUAUGAGUCCCAGAGACAGGGUCGGAUCUCAUUCUACAUGACCAACUAUGGUGAGGAGGGGACACAUAUUGGUAGUGCUGCUGCGCUUGACCCAAGCGACAUAGUCUUCGGUCAAUACAGAGAAGCUGGAGUGCUGAUGUACCGUGGUUUUCCUCUGGAUAUGUUCAUGGCUCAGUGCUACGCCAACGCCGAUGACCUCGGCAAGGGACGGCAGAUGCCUGUCCACUACGGCUCCAAAGAUCUGAACUUUGUCACCAUCUCCUCUCCGCUGGCCACUCAGAUUCCUCAGGCGGCCGGAGCUGCAUAUGCCGUCAAGAGAGAAAACAUGAACCGUGCUGUGAUCUGUUAUUUCGGCGAGGGAGCGGCCAGCGAAGGGGACGCACACGCCGGCUUCAACUUCUCUGCCACCCUCGAGUGCCCACUGAUAUUCUUCUGUCGUAACAACGGCUACGCCAUCUCCACCCCCACCAACGAGCAGUACAGGGGAGAUGGCAUUGCUGCUCGUGGUCCAGGUUAUGGCAUGCUGUCAAUCCGUGUCGAUGGUAACGAUGUGUUUGCUGUGUACAAUGCUACCAAGGAGGCGCGGCGCAGAGCUGUGGCUGAGAACCAGCCCUUCCUUAUUGAAGCAAUGACCUACAGAAUUGGCCACCACAGCACCAGUGACGACAGCUCAGCUUACCGUUCCGUGGACGAGGUGAACUACUGGGACAAGCAGGACCAUCCCAUCUCCAGGCUGAGACAUUACAUGACGGCCCGCAACUGGUGGAGCGAGGACGACGAGAGGAGCUGGCGGAAGCAGUCCCGCAAGACUGUGAUGGAGGCAUUCGAGAGGGCUGAGAAACGGCUGAAGCCGAAUCCCGAGUUGAUGUUUACUGACGUGUACCAGGAGAUGACGCCAAAUCUGAACAAGCAGAGAGAAUCCAUGUGGAGGCACAUGAAGCAGUAUAAAGAGCACUACCCAUUUGACCAGUAUGUUAAAUAACCACAUUCACAGGUUGGAUUUGGUGACCAAAUGUGGGACUGGGAUUAACUGCUGCACACCCUUUACUCUAGUCAUUACAAUAUAGUUUUGAUGGUUCCUUUCUAUCCAAGGAGAACGGUCGUUUAAAAUAAAAUAUAAAUUGUACUUCAUGCCUCUGGGUUUGGUGCCUUAAAUUAGUAGAUUUAUCGUCUACAGUAAAGCUCCUUUGUAAAUGCUAAAUCACACUUUAGUCUCAGUUAUUCCAAGGUCACCCCUAUUUUAUUUGUUUUGUUUUUAAAGUGCAGCAUAAAACAGCUGGUGAAGUUUGAAUGCAAAAGAAACGUGCAAUGUGUGUAUGUUCCCUCUCCUGUAACAGUCUUUUCCAGUGAUUGAUAUAUUUAACAGGUUUCCUUCUGUAUCAUUAAGGUGACCCUAACCCUAACUUGUGUUAAAGAGCUUUCCUAUUUUAAUGUUGUUUUUUAGUAUAUAAACCCAAGUUUUAGGUGGGUUUGUAUGCUGUAAUGUAGUUACAUACUAUACUAAAUCCCAGAACUGUACACUCAUGUGACAUGUUUGGUGUUUUGUGGAAAAUAAACUAUGGAACUUUCA